AUGAGCAACGGCACGGUUCAAGUUUCUCGAGAAACAGACAUUGGCGAAACUACCAAAGACGACAUUCUAAGUCAUUCAAACCAUUUAACAUACGAGGCUCGUUUCGUCAUUGCCAGCUCUGUUGACUACGACUACCUAGUCACUUGUGACGAGUUUCCCACUGUGUGCAAAGACGCCGCCUAUAUCGGCAGCAUGAAGUUUGACAUCGGCAUGUACGCAGUCGGCCACGCGCCUUUCGGCCAGACUGUCGCCACAGCAGCCAUAGAUCAACCUCCUACCGCCCUUCAGUCAAAAGCUGAGCGCUUUGCAGCAAACACCGAGAAGCGUCAGAAUAUUGAGUGGAAUUUUGAAUUGUUCCAAAAUGGGAAGUGCACGGGGAAGAGCGAUCCUUAUUCAGGAACCAGGACUUCGUGCGCAGCGCACGUCACCAGUACCCAGACCCUUCGUCGAAGUUGGAUCCCAGGUCCCGUGACGUAUAUAGGUCUGUUACCGUCUGUAGAAAUGGCUGCCUGUUAG